AUGAUGAAUCAACAGAAUAAUCCUCAUGUGACGACGAUGAUAAACCCCGACGGUACCGUGACGGUGAGACGGAAGAUUUUGAACCCAGAUGGGAGCUUCACGAUACAGGAAGAAGAGCUUCCAUCAGGGGAUCAACAGGAGGAAGACGAAUCGCCGGAGGUACACUUACACGAUGCAUCUGACAGCGUUUCGUCCAUUACGGAUAUGAAAACAACGAUAUCUGCCUCAUCCUCCAAAGACGAUGUCUUUGCAGGGAUCGAAGACUCGCCAUUGCGUCCUAAAAGACAGAAUGAACCUUCCCCUGAAAAGGCAUCCAAACUGAGAACGAGUACACCACCACAUAACUCAGACGGCAAUAUGCACCAAUGGGCUCCAACUGCUUAUCAAGGAGUAAUGCCCCCUGCAGGCGAGUUCAACAACGAGACUUUCGUGGAGCAGCCAAGAUUCCAGCCCAAUGAUGCUUCAAGACAUAUUGCCCCACCUUCACCCGUCUAUGAUGAUGGUUUUCGACACCUGAGAGAGAGUGGUCCGCUUUUGGAUACCCCUUCCGUUGCACAACUUGACGCUCCUGUAACCGUGACUGUUUUUAAGAAGAAUAUGGACGAUAGAAUAGGGAUCAACGUUGGUUUGAGCCGAGUCGAUCACAAGGAUCGCCUAGUCGUCACGAAAAUAUCUCCUAAUGGACUGCUUUCGGAUAGUGCUAUCGAAGAAGGCGAUGUCAUCAUGUCAAUAAAUUCGCAUAGCUUUCUCGACAACCCUCAUACAGAAGAUGCUCUGGCAAUCGUUACGCAAUCGCUCGGUAUAAUAGCGUUUGAAGUGCUCAAACGGGGUAAAACGAAUGGGGAGCGAGCUAGCAGUCCAGCACGGGUGCGGACCACAGAGAAAGCAAUGAGAGGGGCGGGGAAGGUCGUAACAUCAGAAGUUCUGAACGAGGAUGGAAGUCUCACAAUUAUCGUGGACGAAAUUGAUGAAAAUGGGGAAAGAAUACACCGGGAAAUAAGACGAGAGAGAUAUAAUGCUGACAAUGGCGAGGUGUUGCGACCGCAAUUUGGUGCCGAUCCAUCUCUUCUUCCCGCAAAGAUGCAACUCACAGAAGAAGACAGGUAUCAUUUUGAUGACCAUCGGUAUAUGUAUCAGUCCACUCCAGUUCCAGAACAUUCAAUGCAACAUUCACGGCGAAGGAAACCACCCAAGCAGAAGAAAAUUGUGGUAAAUAAAACAGAUAAGUUUCAGAAACUUGGUAUCAAGCUGGAGCUGCAUGAAGGUGACACAAAUAUUCUGCUUGUAACGGGCAUUCACCCGUCAGGGCUCAUCGCAGCUGCACAGUCCUCUCUCGUUGUUGGCGAUAUGAUUGUGAGUAUCAAUGGCUUUGACUUUAUGGACAAUGCAAGUUUGGAAAUUGCAAAUACCAUUAUUCGAAAUUCAACUGGCGAGAUCACAUUGUAUGCGAUCGAUGGAGAAGAUGACCUCGAUGGGUUUUCAAAGGAAACGUCUGUCACAGAACCUGAAACUCCCUUCAGCAGCAGUGCGGAUUUUCGAAAUGAAAUGACCUUUGAUGAGGGCUCAUAUGGAGGCUCAAUUGGAAAUUACAUGGCGUCAAAGGUGGUAAGGAUCACCAAGUCUGAUCCCAGUGAAAGUAUAGGUCUCAAAUUGGUUCAGCAGAGAUCUCAUUGGGGUCGAAUGCUGGUUGUUUUGGAAGUUUUUGGGAAAGCCGUUCAAAGUGGAAUCGAGGUUGGUGAUGCGAUCCUAGCAAUCAAUGGAGUUAACUUCCGUGGCAAGCCAGAUCCUCUCCGAGCUGAAUUAGUAUUGCGAAAAGCAACGAAUGUUGUUGUUAUUGAGAUUCAGAGACUAUCAGGAAUGAACGUUGCGCUACCGGCACCUCGAAACAAGAAGGCAGAAAGGCCAGACAAAAGAGCACCAGAGCCCAAGAAUUCAAUGGAUAGUCGAAUAUCCAAAAGCAUUGAUCAAUUUGAUGCAACAUUUCAGACUCACAUGUCCUUGAAAUCUAAUGAGGCAGUCAGAUCGAAACGAACGGUAGGUCCAGGACAGUCCAACGAGAGGACGCUGCCGAAGACCACACCAAAUAAUGUGGACGUUCUCAGACCACAAUUCAUCCCCCCGAAAUCAAAAACUAUAAUUGUCCGAGUGAAGAAGGAGUCCCCGCAGCAGGAUGUUGGUUUGAAAGUUGAAGCCAUAAAUGGCGUUCUUUACGUUUCAAAAAUAUCACUGCAGGGACUUCUUGUGGGCAAGAGUAUCGUGCCCGGUGAUAUUAUCCUUUCCAUUAACAACAAAUGGUUCCUGGAAUAUCCAAGCGUUGCCGAUGCCGAAGCCCAAUUGCGGAAACCUACCAAGCUCUUCGUAAUCGAAGUGAAAAAGUCCCCAGCAUCACCUACUGGCUCAGACGACAAGAAGCUGAAGUGGCACGAGAGGAUCCAAUGCAACAAACGAUCGGGCGAGGAUGUAUAG